AGCAUCUCAGCUAGCAAAGCCAGCCAGUUCCUGAUUGAUAUUUCCAUUUUUCAUCUAGGUGCCUACCUAUCUAUAGGAAUGUAUCCUGAUGGGUUGUGGCAGUUAAGGGACAGGGCAACAUAUAUUUUCAUUUUGCCAGAAAUAUGCAACCGUGCAGAGAGGGCAUCGUUGUUUUAAGAAUCUAUCGGACUUUCUUUCAAAAACACACUUGGUCGAAGUAAGAACCACUAAUUGGAAAGAAAGUCAUAAUAAUUCCAGUUUUUAUAGGAAACUGAUGUGUACUCCUGGAUUUAGUGAAGAUAAUCAAAAACAUGAACUGAUGCUAGCCUAUUGCUUUGACCAGAGGAGGGCAGUAAUACGCAUCUUAGCGCCUAUACUGCCCAAAAUUCACAAGAAGAAGAAGGUGGCUACCAAAACAAUAAAUUCUGUUUUAUUGGGUUGCCUAAAAGGUGGGGUAAAAUGACGAAUUAUGCUCAUUUUCAAACACAGAUAACGACCAUUAUGGAAAUCAUGACAAAGUCAGCGAUAGCAGAAUUAACAAAAGUUUUUGACGACAGUUCCUCAGUUUUGUGUUUGGAAAUAUCUAGGAGUUUACGUGAGAAUGAAGCGCUGAAAAAUAAACUACGAUUGCUGCAGCUGACAGCGCCGCAAAGACAGAACGAGGAAAUGGGGGUGCGUCAGAAUCCUGUCAACACUCGAUCUGUUGGAGUUCAAGUUUUCGUGGAAGAGCAAUACCGAGAGAGAGUCAUUGGUCAGGAGUGCAGCUUCAAUCUGAGAAGAGAUGAAGAACCUGCAGGUGUGGAAGAGUCUGCAAACAUGGAGAAGGUCAGGACUGAACCAGUUCUUAUCAAGCAGGAGAAACUGGAAGAGGUCUUGUGUUACAGUGACCCACAGCCCACACCUGUGGAAGAGGAACAGAUAACACAGCCCACACCUGUAGGAGAUGUGAAGAAACCGGACACAGAGCCCACACCUGUAGGAGACCCAGAGGAGCUGAGUGAGCAGCACAGGUGUGGACACGGUGAUGAGGAGCUCAGUGGACUGGAGUUUGUGGUGAAGGCAGAGCAAGAGGAAGAACAUGUAGCCCAGAGACUCAAUCAGACAGGAUGUGAACACAGUGCAGGAAGACUCAACAACCUGGGCUCUGAGUAUGUGAUGUAUGAGAGAGACAGUCAGCUGUGGACUUCCUUUACCCAAGAGGACAGUGACAUAGAGACUGAUGAUCCAGUUUGUUCUAGUGCUACAGAAAAGUGCUCACAUAAUCUGUCAAUUCACACACAGCUACAACAUGCCCCUGCCACCAUGGAAGUCUCUGGAAACACACUGUCCUCUUUUGUGGCUUCAUAUGUUGAGGAGCUUGAUCAGAUGGGUGAGAAGCUGUCUGCUUGCAGUGAGGAGCUCAGAUCAGUGGCCAUUCACACACAGCAGGGUCAGUACAGAGAGAGACUUGUGCACACAGUGGAGAGAGAGAAUCAGACAUUACUGCCCCAGCAGCAGCAACAUGGACCCUCAGUAAAACACAUGAGAGGCAGUGAGAGCCCAGCCCAGCCACACUCAGGCUCUCAGUAUGAGACCAGCUCUACUCUGAGUACCACUGUUUCCAUUACUGGGAAGAAAGCCAAGACUGAUGGACAAGCUUAUUUUCGAAAGAAACUGUACAACUGCAUAUACUGUGGGAAGAGUUUUGAUCGCUGUAGUAAUCUCUUCUCACAUCACCGAAUUCACACGGGAGAGAAACCAUACAUCUGUGCACAGUGUGGGAAGUGUUUCAGUCUCAAAGGUAAUCUUGUAAAACACGAGAGGGUUCACAGUGGUUAUAAACCGUUUGGUUGCACACAGUGUGGGAAAAGUUUUGCUCACGGAGCUCACCUUAUCGCACACCAGAGAAUUCAUACAGGAGAGAGACCGUAUCACUGCGCCCUGUGUGGGAAGAGUUUCGCUCAGAAGACCACUCUUGUUACACAUGAGAGGACUCACACAAGACUGAAACCAUUCAGCUAUAACUAGUAUGAGAAUACGGUUUAAAAUUAUUAUUUAAAAGCCCUUCAAAAUCCUCAACUCUCACUGUUGAAAUGAACUACAUUUGCUGAUAAUUUUAGUGAAAAAUGUGAUUACAUCAAGCAUGAGGGUUUCCGUUCACGUGGCUUAAAAUAAAAAAGUUUCAAUUCAAA